AUGUCAAACGAUUCCGAUGAUAGCAACAGCUCCACCGAGGUUCCCGCGCCUGCGACGUCAUCAACAACAGACACGCUCGCGCAACACAGCCAACCCACAACCCAAGAAGACACUCCAGACGCCCCGUCGCAACCUGAUCAGGAAACAACAGAGCAAAGCGGUGCUGCCAAUGCCUGGCUCUCGCAGGAGGCCGAAGAUGAUGACGGCAAUGACUGGUUAGCUUCCGAUGAUGCAGUCCACAAGCCGACACAGCAAGAGGAGACACAAAGCGAGGCCACCCCCGAGCAAGCAGAACCUGCGCAAGCAAGCACUCAGCCAACAGAUACUGAACCAGUAGAGACUGAGCCAGUGGAUACCGAGCAAGUAGACACUGAGCAGGUUGACCCUGCGCCAGAAGACACUGAAGCCGUUUCACAACCCAAGGGACCGGUAUCUCAGCACUCGAGCUCCAGGUCAUUUGCUCGUACAGUGUCCCACGAAAUUAGCUUUGGCGACGAUGACGAGGGCGAGUGGAAUUUGAGCCGCACUGAUACUGAUCCUUUCAAGUUUAUGCCUCCCAGCGAUCGAACAAACUCUUUCCCUCCAGUUCCGCCUGCCCAUUCGACUACCGAUGCGGAAGAUCAACAACCUCUUCCCACCAACCAGGCGAUGGACGUCUUGGAAGAAACAGAGAAGGAAGCAGAAGCAGAAGAGGAGCUAUAUCAACACGAGGAAGCAUCAGAAGGAUUAGAGGCCCCCAAAAGGAGAGGUCACUCAUCGUCUAUAUCUAUAGGUGGAGAUUUGAAGAGCCCGGAAGGUCAAGAUUCUGAUGAGAGAUAUGAAGAGGGCAUUCCAUUGAUCCCGCAAUCUGCUGAAGAAACCAACGAGGCGACCGCUGUCCAAGAAAACCAUCCCACAGCUGACCCUUUUGACAAGGAAGAGGGCGAAGAUGGUGCGGACUUUUUCAGCCAGAUCCAGGGCUCUGAACCCGUGGGUGAGGAGCAACCUGUCCCUACCUUGGAACGAAAAUCGACGAUGCAAGUCCUGGAUUCGAUGAACGCAGGCUCUGUUCCAAAGAAGUCUACGCUCGAGGGUACCCCCGAAGAGGAAGAGGAGGACGACUCAGACUCGGAUGAUAGUGAGGACAAGAGUGAAGACGAAAAAGCAGCACAGGCUGAAUCAACCCCUGCUGCGUCUGAGCCAGCCCCUGCGAAACAGGAAGACCUCGCUUCAAAGUGGGAGCAAGCAUUUGCUGAUGACGAGGACGACGAUGACUUCCUUCUUGACGAUAACGCUGGAGGAGACAAGCAAGUUGAUCCUGCUGCCUUCUUUGGGAGUGAUGAUGAGGGUUUCUUAGAGGACGAAGAGCCGGCUGCAGAUUCAACGCCCGCGCCAGCUCCUGCAUCUUUCCCUGCAUCACACCAGCCUCCGGCCCCUAAUCCUUACAUGCCACAAGCACCAGUGAUCCAACAAGCACCAUCGCCUUAUGCUCCAGUCAGCCAGGUGCCUGGAGUAGCUGUUCCUCCAACACCCAUGUACAACUCUCCAGCGCCCGGCACAGCUCCUUUCGGUUCGACUCCUCAAUAUGGUCAGCCUCCUCCAGUACGGCCGGAUAUGUCAAAGGCACAAAGCUUCGCCGAUAAGUCAAAAGGAGGAUAUCACUCGCCAUACGAUCUCCCUACUGACCUUGUCACAAAUGUGGUGAAACCUCGCAAGAGGGCAAGCAUGCAACAGCUUUCACAGCCUAACCACCCCCAUGCCCCUGUCCAGGCGCCGCCUAGAAGCGCGAGCGUUGGUAUGCCGGCUCCUCCCACCAAGCUCACGCCUCCCUCUUCUAGUCAUGGGCUACCUGCUCAACAAGCAGGACCCCCUAACCCUACAACUUCUGGUGCUCAGCACAAAGAGAACUUCUUCGAGGAGUUGCCCAUGACUUCCAGGCCCCGACCAAGCUCGCGAACAAGCCAAAGGGCUGCUUCUCCUGCUAGGAACGCGCCCCCAAUGGCCCGCACAUCUCAUGUCCCUUCGCCACUGGCGCCUUCGUUUCCGAACCAGAUGCCUCCACCAUCGAUUCCCGUUAUGGCUCCUCCCCCCAGCGAGCCUUAUAGUGAGCCUCCAACUCAGGCGCCUGUUCCAGGAGCUGGUCUUGUUGCGCCUGAAAGGGUCAGUCCGUAUGCUGCUCUGACUACUUCUGCCAACCAUAUGCCACCCCCAACCUCGACCAGUGCUUCUCGAUACUCUCCCGCUCCGGGCACAAGCCAUACUGCGCCGCCAGCUCCUGUAGCGAGCCGCUAUUCACCCGCACCCCCAGCUACUAAAACUCAUGGGUCGUAUGGAGCCGUGGCAACGUCUGGUCCUGCACCAAUGCUGCCACAUCAACCAAGAACAUCAAGCCCAUUGACACAUUCUGAAACGGCUCACUUUGAGCCCAGGUUGAGCCGCGUUUCGUCUCUUCCUCCAACCCGUGAGGUGGAUGAAGAAGAUGACCAGCAGACCCAGACAAGGUCUGUCAGCGCUACCUUAUCUCCCCCUCCCCAGGAGUCGAGGUACAAUCCAACAUCGCCACCACCCCCAAGCUAUGCUGGGCAGUUGACCUUGUCGCCGCCUAAACAAUCGGGUCCGUAUGCACCUCAUGCUGCGCCAACAGCCCACCAUGGCUUUGUGCCUCCUCCUCGAGCUCAAACCCAAUCGCCAAGUGCCGCUCUCGGUCACAGGCAGGCUCAAGGAUCCUCAGACUCAACGCGUCGCCCUUCGUCUGCCCACUCCCACUCGCAUCCUUCUCCAUUGGCUGCAAAGCCAGCGCCCUCACCUUAUGCUCCAGCUGCCCCCGCAGCUCCGGCCGCUGGAGUCUCAACGGUUCGCACUCGUGGCCAGUCUAUUACUAUGAACAUGAUUGCCCCCACGGAUGGCCGGGAACACGAUGAACUCCAGCGAUGGAAAGGUGUUCCUAUCAUCUCAUGGGGUGUCGGAGGCACUAUUGUUACCUCGUUCCCCAAGAGUGUUCCCCGAUAUGGCAUGAACCAGGCUGUUCCCAUGAUUGUGCGCACGCCAGGAGAAGUCAAGGUUCAGAGUGUCAAGGACAUCGAACCCCUUCACGAGCAUGUGGCUAAAUUCCCUGGUCCUUUAAGGGGUAAGUCGAAGAAGAAGGAGACAAUUUCGUGGCUCAAUGCCGGAAUCGAGUUAUUGGAAAAGGACUUGCCGGAUGUUUCCUUCCAUUCGCAGCUUUCUCUUGAAGCAAAGAGAGCCGUGGAACGUUUGCUGCUGUGGAAAAUCAUGCGUAUCUUCGUUGAGAACGAUGGUGCUCUGGAGGGUACACCUGCUGUGGAGGCAGCCGUUCGAGAUGUCCUCUCUCCCGGAGAGAAUCCAUCAACCACUGGCGAUGAUGCGGUCUUCCCUGCUGCUGGAAACUUUGCGGCAGGAAUCGCCUCUGUUACCUCAAUGCAAGCUGACGGCGUCGAUGUGUCCACUAUGGAUCAGGUUCGGCACCAUCUCUUGAGAGGUGAUCGAGACAAGGCUGUUUGGGCACUGGUUGACAAGCGACUUUGGGGACAUGCCAUGCUGAUCUCGCAUACUGUCGAGGGAGACCUUUACAAACGUGUGGCUCAAGAGUUUGUUCGCAAAGAAGUCAACUACCCCGGUCAUGCUAAUGAGUCUAUGGCUGCCCUUUACAAGAUUCUGUCUGGCAAUUUCGAGGAUUGUGUUGAUGAACUUGUUCCUGUCCACGCCCGGGCUGGUCUUCAGCUCAUGUCUACUGAUGCAGGCCCAGGACCUACCAAAGAUACGCUUGAUGGAUUAGACAAGUGGCGCGAGACUCUUUCGCUCGUGCUGAGCAAUCGAAGCACUGAUGAUAUUCAAGGACUAAACGCCCUUGGAAGUUUGCUGUCCAGCUAUGGGCGAGCUGAAGCCGCUCACAUCUGCUUCAUCUUUGGUCGCCAUUCUUCCAUCUUUGGUGGAUUGGAUGAUCCCAACGCAAAUUUCGUGCUUAUUGGGGCUGAUCAUCGACAGCAGUCUGAUCAGUUUGCUAAAGAGACUGAGGCCCUUCAGCUCAGUGAAGUCUAUGAAUAUGGCUUAUCGCUUGCUGGCGGAGCUCUCGCAGCAGCAGGAACGCCUCACUUGGCUGCUUACAAGCUCGAGCAUGCCAUGACUCUCGCCGAAUAUGGCCACAGGGACAAGGCUAUGCAAUAUUGUGAUGCUAUUCUGACCGCUAUGUCCUCACAAACUAAGCGAUCGCCUUAUCAUCACCAUGUGCUUGAGACUGCGGUUGAAGACUUUAUGUCAAGGCUGAAGUCAGCACCAAAGGAGGAGAGUGGCUCAUGGAUCUCGAAGCCAAGCAUGAACAAGGUCUCGGAUAGUAUGUGGAACCGAUUCAACAAGUUUGUUGCUGGAGAUGAUAACGAGGACAAUGCCGGAGGUGCUGGAGAAGCAGGACCGUUUACCCGUCCUUCGGGAGAAUUCAGUCGAUCACCAUCGGUGUCGAACUUCGACAUCUACGGCCAGCAAUCGCCUGGUUUCGGAAUGACACCGGCUCAGCCACCAGCAAACGCUGCAGCAUCCAAAUACGCACCGGCGACCAUGACACCGGCUGCCAACCUGAACCCCUAUUCUCCUACAUCUCAGUAUACGCCUGGUCGAAGCUCGAUGGAACAAACCCCUGCGGAGUUCGGAAGUAACCCAUAUGAGCCCGGUUAUCCAGGUGCAACUUCAACAAGUCAAGGUGACAGUUUCACACCAUCGAUUCCUCAGCCUGAGUCGAAUAACCCUGGCGUCGGUGGCUCCAUUGGUCUAGCUCCCCCUGCUCAAAUCACACAAAGCUACUCUCCUGCUGGAUACCAACCAUACGGAAUGCCAGCUUCUACACCGAUGGGUGGUGACGAAAAUCCUGCCGACUCUUCGGCUCAAGGCUUUCAGCCCCUCAGCUACGGCUAUGAGCCCCCUCAAAUGCCUUCAAACCCUCCUGAACAGGAGAGCGAGAAGAACAACGGGGAGGCCCACAGCGGUGGAUAUGAACCUCCUUCUUUCCAGCCUCACGGAUACGAGCCACCAUCUUACGAGCCUCAGUCUAUUGCAGACAACGACGAUGAAGCCCCUAAACCCAAGAAGAAGAGUAUUAUGGACGACGACGACGAUGACUUUCCCUCGAUGAAAUCCUCUGAGAAAUCCAAGGCGGACAAGGACCGAGAGAACGAGGAAAUGUUCCGCAAGGCCGCGGAAGAGGAUGCCAAGCGUGCAGCUGCCCAGCAGUCGUCCAAGAAGGGAUGGGGCUUCGGUGGCUGGUUCGGAGGUAGCAAGAAGGCUGCUCUCGAACCAUCUUCAUCCGGGGAAUCUUCACCUGGCAAGCCCAUCCGUGCCAAACUGGGUGAGGCCAGCAGCUUUGUCUACGAUCCUGACCUCAAGCGAUGGGUCAAUAAGAAGCCUGGCGCUGAAAACACACCAGCCAAGACUGCCACACCUCCUCCGCCCAAGGCUGGUCCUCGGUCUGUGUCUGGAACUCCUCCACCUCCCACAGGCACUCCACCUCCACCUUUGAUCACGAGCAACAGUGCACCGCCGCCGCUCCUGCCUCCAAAGGUGCGCGCUGGCACACCUGAACUGAUGAAGCAAGCGUCUACAGAAAGCCUGGGUCUGGCACCACCUGCUAUGGCUCGAUCGGUUUCCAACACCAGCAAUGCUAGUGCGCCGCCCAGUAGACCGACCACGAGCAUGAGCAAUGCUAGCAGCAUUGAUGACUUACUCAGCGCGGCACCCCGCAAAGCCAGCGAUAAAAAGAAGGCUCGAAAGGGAGGUCGCUAUGUUGACGUUAUGGCCAAAUAA